AUGAGUAUUGGCAUAAUCAAGGCCAAAUAUGCACUUUCCAAUCCCAUGUCCAAUAGUGUUCCUGGUGCUAUGCCCAUACUACUCACACUUCAGAAUCACGAAAAUGAUAGUACGACUAUGAAAAUAACUAAUUUUGCUAGAAAAUUCGAAUGAACCUAAGCUAAGCGACUCCAUUUUUAUUCCUUUCAUUAAUGAAAGAGACAGAAUGAAUAGGCUAUUUUAAGCAGAUAAAUACUCGACUCCAAGAAAAUAAAACAUAUAGUAAGUGCAGGAGACUGCCAACGAAAAAUGGAUAUAAAAUGAUCCCAUGAAGUUGAAAUUGCCACCCAAAAAACUCUCCCUAGAAGAUCGCCAUCUCAGUAAUCUUUAAUAUUUAACUAGGUAAGUAUAGAAGUAGAUCGAAUGCUGAAUUGCGAAUGAAGGUCAUUUAGGCAACCACUGAAAGAUAACACCUAUUGCUCUCUUAGGACCUAUCUAUCCAACCUUAAUUCGAGGAGUAUAAGAAAGCAGCCUAUGAGAAUAUCUUAAAUCGAAAGAAAUAAAUUCACUAAUCUCCACAAUCAAUGGCCAAGAAUUAAAGUUCUGAAAAUUUCUAGUUAUUUGCAGCAUCAGCCCUUGAUAAAUUCAAAUAAACAAGAUCUCCUUCUGUUAUUUUAGUUAAAAAAUAAAUCUAGCAAACUACCUCCAAACAUAAGCACCUGCUGAAUUUUAAAUUACCUUAGCUUAUUUAAAAAGAGUACAUCAAAUAGUUUUUGGAUAACAAUCAAAAAAUUAAAGAUUUAAUAUAAGAACAAAAUGAUGAAAAAUUUAAAUUUCCCACAGAUUUCGAACCUAAAAUAGUAGAAAUGAAAAAAUAAUUAAAAAAAAUGAAAAGCAGACUUAAAAACUGGGAUACAGAAAGAUAAGUGACAGAUAAUAAAGUAUUUUUAAAAGAAAUUGCAACUGGCCUAUUAAAUAAAUGA